ACAGCAGUUAGAUUCUGAAAUGUAUCAGGAAAACGUUAUCUUUCAAUAAUGUAGACAACUUGAUAGUGUAUUAGCUGUACAUUGGCGAAGUGUUUAUGAAAGUUCACACGCUUUCUGUUACAUUUCCUGAGCAUUCUUCAUUAGUAGGACAACGAAGAUAAGUUAGCUUAAGGACACGGGCACGCGACACCGUGGGACGGUUACCUUUUUAGCCGACAGCCCCACGUCUCACCGCUCCAUGGUGCUUUGCCAAAGGAAAUGCGUGUUUUGGAGUUAUGAGGAGUUCAGUUGUUUCUCGGUCUCUCUGUAGCUAGAGGACCAAAGGGAAGCUAUGACAUUCAGCCACAUCGGGUCACACUUGAGUGACUGACCGGUUGUCGCCAUGCCGAGCCAAACGACGUCCCCGCCGCUGACUGUGACUGUGCUGGCCGCGCUGUGGGUCAGUUUGGGUCGGUGCGCGGUCUCCGAGUCUCGGGGGUCAGGAUGUGACAACGGAAAGCUGUCUUUGGACAGGGACCUGCCUGCGGAUGCUGUAUAUUGGAACUGUCCAUUGUCUGCUUGGUCCGAGUCUCCUCAGAGGCUUCCCAGUAUUGACACAGUGUAUGAUCCCAAGCCAGCCAGGCAGAUCUGCAUGGAUAAAUCUAUUUCCUACAACCACACCAUUCCCAACAGUGGAGCUUACAGACCAGUAAGGGCAGAGAGUGGAGAGUACUUGUACUGUCCUCCUCAACGGUGGCUCAGUAACUUGCACCAUGGAGCUACUGUUUUGCUCUACCAUCCCUGUGCUCCUCUCCACGAGCGUCUACUUCUGUCUGUCCUGGCCCGCUCCUGUCUGCCUGACUACGUCAUCACCCCACAUCCACUGCUUGUUAAACAAACGCCAAUAGCCUUAGUGUCCUGGGGUCGCACCUUAGAGCUGUCCACCGUGGCCUCUACAGAGGUCUGUGAUUGGCUGGAGACCACAACAUCCACACGAAAUGAGUGCGGUGGCAUGAGCCAGAGCAGGAAGUACAACCUGCUGUUAACCUGGUCAGCAGAGCAGCACAGGGAACGACAUGCACAUCCAGAGAAACACUCUGCAAAGAUGAAGGAGGAUCUGAGGCGAUGCUGUGAGCAGACCAUCUCUUCUCUGCAGAAUGGAGCGAUGGAGACAGAGCUGGAGUCCAACAUGAAGAAGAAUAGCUUGAAACAAAUUAAAGAGGAAGGCAAAAGCAGGCAGAUAAGAGAAGCCUUUAGAGAAAAAUGGGGGGAUGUUAAGGAUAAUGGCGAGAGUAAAAACACAAUAACUCCGGUGUCCAGUUUUCUGUCUAACCAGACCAGCAGAACCACCCUCAACAGGACAGGGGACGCCCAGAACAACAGCAACACACUUGGACCAUCAGCAGACUCUCGUCCAAGGAACAGGAUUCUCUCAGAUCAUCCUGGUCCAAGGAAAGCUCCUUCUCAGUCUAAAACUAUAAAUCAGAGCCUUAAACCCAGGCCCACAACUUCUUUGGGCUCAAAUAUGUCUGAGACUUCACUUAGAGCUGAAUAUUUAGGAUUUGGGGCGUCUGAGUCUCAGAAAAGCAGGCUAAUGCUACAGACAACGUCACAACAGCCUGCCCUCAGAAACCCAAACCCUUCUGCUGGGUUGGAUGUUCUUGCAGAUGGCUUGAACAGUGGACAUGACCAUACUGCCAGACCUGAAGCCUUGACCCUCAGUUCCAAAGAUGAAGGUACAGACUCAUCCAGACAGAGGGAUAAAGACUCUGUUGUAGACAGAGUGGAAGAGGUGGAAGCCAAAGUGAAACAAUCUGAUAAAGACAACACAGCAGGCACCAUGGUGAAGGAUAAUGAAACAGUAGAUGUUAAAGAGAGAGAGUUGGAACAUAAACAAACACACAGUGACACACACUCGCACCGCAAAAGUAAAAAGACAGGCUUAGAUUCUGUUUCCAAAUCCCAAUUGGAGUCUCCGCCCCAGCCACAACAACACCAGCACCCACAGCCAGCCACCUACCCGCCCAACAGCCAAGACUGUGACGGCUGCAAAGAAGGCGAACACUGUGACUGCAACAAGAACUCAAGGGCCGCGGCCCGGGCCGCUGUUGUGAAUAAGGGGUUGCCGAGGACCCCAAGGACAGACGAGGCAGUGUGGGCAGCAGCAGCACUGGGCUUCCUGCUGGUGCUGCUGACCCUGUCAGUGCUUCACACACGCCUGUACCGUCACUGGAGGACCGCGCCCAGUCUUUACUGGCACGAUCCACAGCAGGACUACGACAGUGUGGCAGAUGUGAUCAGCAGGAGGCUACGAAUUGCGAAGAGGAGGCGGAAAAGGAGCAGAAGACAGGAGUGUGUUCUUCUGCCCAGCUCCUCCAGCUCAGAUGAACAUCCAUAGAAAAAUGAAGGAAUUAUCCCCAAGAAUGCAUCCAAGUCUCGCUGCAUGUUGAGGAGGCAAAGAGUGGACUUUGUGUCCUCACAAUGUUGGCAACAGCUUGGCUGUCAAUUAAAAAGACUGUGAACAAAUUAGACAUGGGUUGCGCAAAAUGGGUGCAACUCAAUAUUAGGGAAGCAUUCCAAAUUGUCUAUAAUCUGAUCUAAUCCAUACACCAGUGGUCGGCAAUAGGUGGCCCGCGGCCAGAUUGCUUUGAUAGCAGAAAAAUAAAAAAAUUUCAGUGGCUGGUGCUGAAAUAGGUCUCAGUCAUGACAGCUACAGUUAGUCACACAAUCACUUCUUAGAUGAUUGUGCCUCCAAAAUAAAAGCGUGGGAAAUUUUUUUGCAGCAGUGCUUCAUGUGGAGUUUAUUGAGAGCUUUUUUCUUUCUGAAGGACAUUCAAAAGAGUCUCUGACUUGCUUGACACACCUCUGAAAAAGCCGUCAGUAAACAUUUGAUUGGAUUCCCCUGAAUUUCCACAGGGAAAUGAAAAUAAGCGUCCAUAGGUUUAUGAAUGCAGAUCAAAUGCUGGGACGCGCACACACUACAGCACAUGCUUUAUUGUUAGCAGGUGCAAAAUUUUCCUUAUAAUCAAUUUGUUUAACAAGGUAGAAAAAAAAAUGAGACUAAAAUUAGAUUGGGAAAACGAUACAUGCCGCCGGGGCAGGGCAUGUCUGGAGGCUGGGCCUUACUCCUGUACAAAAACACAACUUUAUAACUAUUCCCUGAUUUGGGUGAAACUGGAUCAUACUUUAUGUAAUUGUUUCCUGAUGGACAAAUAGCCUUACUUGUUUCUAAAGUAACGCUAACUGCUACUAACUGUAGCUGCUGUUAGCUAGUUAGCGUAGUUAGCCAUGCAGCUAGUGGUCCUAUUAGUGGACCAAAGCUUAUGUGCUAAGGGUGUAAACUGCUUUUCCGAGCUACCAGUGUGCGGCAGGCAGACAGGCGGGCAGAGUCAGCUAGCGUCAAUAGGACCGCUAGCUGCACGGCUAACUGAGCUAACUAGCUAAUGGCAACAACAGUUAGCAGCAGCUAGCGUUACUUUCCAUCUGGAAACUUUGCACAGAGAUGAAAGGAGCCAGUGGACAUUAGACAGCAUGUUUCAUGUGUACUUCAUCAACAAGAAUCCAUUGUGCGUGUUGUGGCUUUUUCUUGUUGUUUUGCACUUUAAAUGGCGCUGUUGUUGCAAAUGACUAUGUACUUCCGCUUAUGCAGAGGAUGUCAGCUGAGUAGGUGGUACACACUGCUAAAAGAAUGUGGCCAUAUGAGGCCCAGACCACCUCCGAAUGUGGUCUGUGAUCACAUCUCUUUGCGUCUUCAAUAGGUCUUCGGUGCAGUCAAACCUGUAGCUGUCCACUUGUGAUCGGAUCACCCAAGAUGCAUGUUAAUACCAGGUGUAAACAGGCCCUCUGUCUUCUUGUGAAGGAAGCUGUGGAAAUGAGAACAGAAAAAAAAUUGGACCAUCCAAAGUGAGUGUGUAUACAUCCAGAACACAGAUGAAGCAGCAGUAGUCCAAAAGUACAUUUCCCAAAUAACAACCAUCAAAGAACAUUAACAGAAAAAUACUAUUGUAUAUUUUUCUGGAUCAGUCCUUUGACCCCUCAGGACAUCCCCAUAAAUAAUACUUUAAAAAGUCCAAAGAGAACCCUUCAGGUUUUAUUUAGCGACCUACAAAUGUAAUAUAAUUGUACGACAUUACAAAACAUUAGUCAGAACAUUGUCUGAUCAUACUCUCUUGCACAGCACAGUGUAUGGGCCUCAUUUUGCUCACUCCAUUUAAUCAAUAUAAAGUCUCCAGUUCUGGUCUUGAUAGUUUUUCUACCCGAUGGUUGUUUUCAUUGUGUUUACAUUUUGUUUUUAUAAGUAGUUUUUAAAGUAAUAUCGUGUUGCUUUUACCUGUGAAGGUGUGGUAUGUGAAUAUGUAAGUUGCUGUUCUAAGCAACGCUGUGGGCGGUAAUCAGUGGUACGAACAUGUGAAUGGCUGUAUUUUGAAGGCCUUUUUGAACAUGAUUUACAAAGACAAUAAAUUCCUUGACAGAA